CUCUUCGCUACCGAACCUUCAGAAUUUGCCCGCCCAAUUGUGGUCCCCUUAUCCAUCUCGGGCCAACCAAUGGCCCGGACAAGGGCAUCAACUAAACUCUAAAGCCGCCUAUAUGUUCGCUCUUGCCCGUCACCCAACCGUCACUAACCUCCGGUCCCUUUCUCUAGAAAUCCCUUUGCGCACCACCACAACGCACCGCACCUGCAUACAAUCGGACCAUCCCACGCUCCGAUUCAAACUUUCUGCAGCGUCAUUUCCAUACAACAAGCAAAAAAAGGAACAGCUCCCUAGCACGAUUUGGAGCGGCGACUGGGCGCACCUUUUCAUACAUGCAUCGCGUUUGGCUUUGUACUGACAGAGAGAGUGCCUGCGGCCAAACUUCUGGAUUCACCAGCCCUGGCCCCGGCUACCACAUCCUUCCCACAUAACCGAUAGAAGCCCGUCUCUUCUUCGCCGAAAUCGCUCGUUUCUGUGCAACUCGUGCGUGCGCUCGUGCUGUCAUUCGUCGCUACACCGCGUGGCGCUGCACUCGCCUCUUCGACGACCCAAACAACUCUCAUUCGUGGAGAGGAGCUACAAUUCGAUCGAAACAUCAAUCAGGGUUAAAUAACACGUCGACCUUUGAAUCACACAAUGCCGGCCUGGGAACAGCUUUCCAUCACUAAGCCGCACUUGGUGUACAUCAUCUUGGGCGGCUUUACCAGCUUGUUCAUGCUGUGCUCCUCCAUCAUCAAAGAACGCUUGUACAUUGGUGAAGCCACGGUCGCUACAAUAUGCGGUAUAAUCUUCGGUCCUCAUGCCGCCAAUCUAAUCAACCCUCUCGAGUGGGGUAACACAGAUCUCAUUACACUCGAGUUUUCGCGAAUCGUCCUCGUCGUGCAAUGUUUCGCCGUCGGUGUCGAAUUGCCGCGCGCAUACAUGGAAAAGCACUGGAAAUCCGUUUCCUUCCUGCUCAUCCCCAUCAUGACCUUUGGUUGGCUAAUCACCAGCCUUUUCAUCUGGGGUCUUUUCCGCUCGCACCUGAAUUGGUUAGAUGCUCUCGUUAUUGCGGCUUGUGUCACAGCCACAGAUCCCGUCCUGGCAUCCUCGGUGGUCGGAAAGGGCAAAUUCGCGAAACGGGUGCCCAAGCAUUUGCGAGAUCUGCUUUCUGCCGAGUCGGGGUGUAACGACGGCAUGGCGUUUCCAUUCGUCUAUCUUCCGCUAUACCUCAUCCACUACCACCAAGACGCCGGAAAGACCACUUUCCACUGGAUCUGCUUCACCAUUCUCUACGAGUGUGUAUUUGGAGCUUUUUACGGGGUCAUGGUUGGAUACAUCGCUAGGCGCGCUAUCCGUUAUGCCCACGAGAAGGAUCUGAUUGAUAGAGAAAGUUUCCUCGUUUUCUAUUUCGUGCUGGCGCUGUUCUGUGCGGGAUCCGGAGCUUUGUUGGGAUUGGACGAUCUGCUCGUCGGCUUUGCGUGUGGUGUCGGCUUUUCCAACGAUGGUUGGUUUCUCGAGAAAACCGAAGAGUCCCACGUGUCCAACGUUAUCGAUUUGUUGAUCAACUUGGCCUUCUUCGUCUACUUCGGCACCAUCAUUCCCUGGCCCCAAUUCAACUCGGAUAUCAUCGGAUUGCAAGCCUGGAGACUGGUAGUGCUAGGCUUGCUUGUGCUCCUGUUCCGUCGCAUACCUAUAAUGCUUGCGAUGAAACCUUUUAUACCGGAUAUCAAGACAUGGCGAGAGGCUCUGUUCGCUGGUCACUUUGGACCUAUCGGUGUGGGCGGUAUUUUUGUUGCCAUCCUUGCCAGGGCCGAAUUGGAAACCGACACAACCACUCCGUUGGCAGAGAUACCUCCUCCAGGGUUCCCCCAUCGGAACAUUAUCGAAAUGAUUUGGCCAAUUACGUGUUUCUUGGUGAUAUGCAGUAUAUUGGUGCAUGGUAGCUCUAUUGCCGUAUUCACACUCGGAAAGCACAUCAAUACGCUUACCAUUUCAUUGUCGUAUACCCAGGCCGACGAGAACGGUCCAAGCUGGAUGGAGCGUAUCCCCCGUAUCCAAUCACGCUCCAAAUCUUCCAUGUCUCUUGGACGCCGACCUUCCGAAUCGUCUCUCGAUGAAAAGGCCGAGAAUUCUGGACCCGGUGGUCUUCCACUUGGUGGCGUACCGGGCAACUUUCUACGUCGUCAAAAGGAGGAUGAAAACUCUAGUCGGGCUAACUCUCGUGGAGCUACUACUCGUCGCAGACGCUGGGAUGCAGGGCGUGGCCCCGGUGGACCCAUCUCUGAAUCUGCCAUUGCCCCGGUCCGAGAUGCGGACCAAUAUGACACGGCCUCACCGAUGCAAGAUUCAGACACGAUUGCUGUCGGCAGUGAUGACUCACCAGAAGGAUCUGCGACUGCAAAGGAGAAAGGGAGGCGUCGGGAGUCUGAGGAAGAGAUAUAUGAAGAGGGUGAUAAGACUGUCAUUGAAGAUGAAGAGGGCAAUGUCUUGGGAGUUAGACAAAGUGAACCCGGUGAAAGUGAAGAGCAGAGAAUGAGGAAAGACGGCCGGAAAGCCAAACAGCUGAUGGAUGAAAAGCAUGUUGUCCACGGUGUUGCACAAAGCGAGCACCGCGAUGAAACGCCUGCCCACCACGCAGCUGAAGCUAUCAAAGAAGAAAUCGAGCAUCCGAAUCCCAAGGCAUGGCGCAAGCGCAUGGGUAGCUUUACUGCCAAACAUCAUCAUACAGCAGGAGAGUCGUCCGAACAGCCAAAACCCCCACAGAAGCGUGGUCCAGCACUCGCCUAUCAGUUCGGUAACACCAUCAUUGUUGAAGAUGAAGAUGGUGAAGUUCUCAAGAAAUACGACAUUCCUGCGUCAUCGGCAAAAGAACGCCCAGCUCUAGAACAUCGCAAGGGCUCUGUGGCCGAGACUGGUGGUCGCGCCCUGCAGAGUCUGCGGAAGAUGGGGACCUACAUGGGCAUUCCAGCCCAAGAAGAAGGGGGGCCAUCCGAGAGCGCAGAGGCAGACGCAAAGCGGAAGAAAGCACCUUUGCUUGAUCAGGACGACGACCGGAUUCGUUUCACCGUCACAGCCGGCGGGCGCCGCAUGAGCAAAGCCGAGUUCAUUCAACAAAUGUCUAAUAUGGAUGCCAAAACCCGCGACAAGUUCAUACAGGACAGCGAUGUUCCUGAGCCCAUUAAGCGUGAAGCUCGACAAGAUGCCAAGGACGCCUCUCGCCGGAAUGCAGCAUCUUCAGCCAAUGUUCCUCCGGUCGUAGGAGAAGAAGGUCAGGCCGAAAUCCAGCAUAUCGAAUCACCCGCGGCGCAUGAAGAAGAUCGAGCCCGUGGGCCCGAAGGCCUCACAUUGGUAGACAGCAACGAGGAAGAUAUCCCUUUCCACUCUGUACGUAAACAGCUUGCCACGAAAUCCAGCAGCCAAGGCGAAACCGCGGCACAGCGUCGCCGUCGGGCUGCGGGAGCCACCGAAGCCCCACCCAACCGCCCCGACAGUUCCGCCGAUGACAGUGAAGACGACGAAUCGCCGCGUGGCCGCCAAUUGGGCAGCCCCAAACCCACGUCCACCUCGCCCGCCCCGCACCACAAAUCGCAAAUGGACGAAGGCGAAACAGCCGUGGAGCGUAAACGUCGUCUCGGCGCGCUCGGUAUGGGCGGCGACGACAACAGCCCUAACGACUCCGACUCAGAUGCCGAAGAGGCGGGUGACCCUCUCCAGACUGGUCGCGGAACGCACCACAGCAAGGGCAAGGCUGGCGAAGGCAGUAGCGGAUCGCAGCAACAGCAAAAGCAGAAGAGCGGUAAUCUGGCGCCGCCGAGGACACCGGGGAUCCGGUUUGCGGAACAACCUAGGAUUCCGACAAAGGAUGAACGGGCUAAGGAGGAUGCAGCGGAGCGGGAGGAGGAUCAGGCGGGGAAGACGAGCAGUGGAAAGAGCAAGGGCUUGGGGAGGUUGUUCAAGAAAUAA